CAAGUAAUAAAAGUAGAUGUUAUGGAUGAGGAUGGGAUAUCCAGCAGUAUGCAUCUUCUGAAUUUAAUCGCCUAGUAGUAGUAGUAACCCACCACCACAACCAAAAAAGAGGAGAAGAAGGAAGCAGAAAAGCAGUACGCGUUGAACUUACGCGCUUGAUACGCGGUGGGCCAUUCGGAAAAAUUCCCAUUAAAAUCUAAUCUAAUUCAACAUUUUCACAAUAUCGGUUUCAUCAUUUAGCAAACCAAGGAAGAGGAAGAACUUUGAAACAACAAUAACCUACAGUAUCAUUUCGCCGUUAAGGAAAAUGGGAGGUGGAAAAGACCAGCAUGACUCAAGUGACAAGGGGUUAAUGUCGAACCUGGCUCAUGGAUUAGCUGGAGCUGCAGGAGGACAUGGAGGGCACUCAAACUACCCUCCUGGGCAUUAUCCUCCCCAGCAAGGGGGAUACCCCCCUCAACAAGGGUACCCUCCUGCUGGAUACCCGCCACAACAAGGGUACCCACCACAACAAGGGUACCCACCACAAGGAUACCCACCUGCUGGAUAUCCCGGUUCAUCUGCUCCACAUCAUGGAGGCCAUGGACAUAGUGGCAGUGGAGGAAUGGGGGGCAUGGGAGGAAUUCUAGCUGGGGGUGCUGCAGCAGCGGCUGCUGCCUAUGGUGCCCACCAGUUGGCGGGACAUGGUGCUUCACAUGGAGGACACGGUGGGUAUGGUGUUGGACACGGUGUUGGACAUGGUGUUGGUGGUUAUGGUGUUGGGCAUGGUUUUGGAGGCAAGCACGGCAAGUUCAAACAGGGCAAGCACGGCAAGCACGGCAAGCAUGGGAAGCACGGAAAGCAUGGUGGUGGUAUGUUUGGAGGGGGAAAGUUCAAGAAGUGGAAAUAAUAAUCUUGUGUGAUCCGAAGUGAAAGAUCAAAUCUUAGACUGACUUAUAUAUGUGUUCUCUAUUUCUGCUGUGGAGAUUACUAUUUUACUUUCAAAGAAGGCUCGUUUAUGUGUUGUGUGGCCAUUUGCACUGAUAUCCUACUUUUGGUUAUACAUAAUACAAUGGUUUAAGCAUUGAGUAGUUUGGUUGA